GCUGGUGACCCGUGCAGGGGUGUCUGGGCCAUGACUGCGGAGCUCCAGCAGGACGAAGCGGCCGGAGCGAGCGACCGCCACGGCUCGAGCUGCCAAAUGCUGUUAAAUCAGCUGAGAGAAAUCACGGGCAUUCAGGACCCUUCCUUUCUUCACGAAGCUCUGAAGGCCAGCAAUGGUGACAUCACUCUGGCAGUCAGUCUUCUCACAGACGAAAGGGUGAAGGAGCCCAGUCAGGACACUGUUGCUACAGAACCAUCGGAAGUGGAGGGCAGUGCAGCCAACAAGGAAGGAUUAGCAAAAGUAAUAGACCUUACUCACGAGAACAAAGAUGAUCUUCAGGCUGCGAUUGCUUUGAGUCUACUGGAGUCCCCUAAAGUUCAAGCUGAUGGAAGAGAUCUUAACAGGGUGCACGAGGCAGCCUCUGCAGAAACCAAACGCUCCAAGAGGAAACGCUGUGAGGUGUGGGGGGAAAACCCCAAUCCCAGUGACUGGAGGCGCGUCGAUGGUUGGCCAGUUGGGCUGAAAAAUGUUGGCAAUACAUGUUGGUUUAGUGCGGUUAUUCAGUCUCUCUUUCAGUUGCCUGCAUUUCGAAGCCUGGUCCUGAGCUACAGCCUGCCGCAGAGCGCACUGGAGAGCUGUCCCAGCCACACCGAAAAGAGAAAUAUCAUGUUUAUGCAAGAGCUUCAGUAUCUGUUUGCUCUGAUGAUGGGAUCCAAUCGCAAGUUUGUAGACCCGUCGGCAGCCCUAGAUCUCUUAAAGGGAGCGUUCCGAUCGCCCGAGGAGCAGCAGCAAGACGUGAGUGAGUUCACACACAAGCUCCUGGACCGGCUGGAGGACGCGUUCCAGCUGGCUGUCAGCGUCGACAAUCCCAAGAACAAGUCUGAAAAUCCAAUGGUGCAGCUAUUCUACGGUACUUUCCUCACUGAAGGGGUUCGCGAAGGAAAGCCCUUUCGCAACAAUGAGACCUUCGGCCAGUAUCCCCUUCAGGUAAAUGGUUAUCGCAACUUAGACGAAUGUUUGGAAGGGGCCAUGGUGGAGGGUGACAUUGAGCUGCUUCCUUCCGAUCAGUCAGUGACGUAUGGACAAGAGUGUUGGUUUACAAAACUACCUCCAGUAUUGACCUUUGAACUGUCAAGAUUUGAGUUCAAUCAGUCCCUUGGUCAGCCAGAGAAAAUUCACAAUAAGCUGGAGUUUCCUCAGAUCAUAUAUAUGGACAGGUACAUGUAUAGAAGCAAAGAGCUUAUUCGAAGCAAGAGAGAGUGUAUUCGGAAGCUGAAGGAGGAGAUAGAAGUCCUGCAGCAAAGACUGGAAAGGUAUGUGAAGUAUGGCUCGGGCCCAGCUCGAUUCCCGCUCCCGGACAUGCUGAAAUAUGUCAUCGAGUUUGCUAGUACAAAACCUGCCUCACAGAGCCCGUCUCAAAGUGCCUCAAGCUCGACACUGCCACUCCCUUCAGUGCACUGCCCAGCGUCCGCCCCGACGUCCGCCCUGACGUCCAGGGACAGUGCGAGUGGAGAAAGCUCUCCUCAAGAUGUUGAAAGUCCCUUUCCUGAGGAUUGUCUGCACGAGUCCAAGUCAGAGGGUUCGCCACUGCCAUCUUCGCGGUCUCCCGUGGAAGUGCCUGCACACCCAGCGCCCCGGACCGUCUCGGACGAGGAGAUCAGCUUCGUUAAGACCUGUCUUCAGAGGUGGAGGAGUGAGAUUGAACAGGACAUACAAGAUUUGAAGAAUUGCAUUGCAAGCACUACCCAGACUAUUGAGCAGAUGUACUGCGAUCCUCGCCUUCGCCAGGUGCCUUAUCGCUUGCAUGCAGUUCUUGUUCAUGAAGGACAAGCAAAUGCUGGACACUAUUGGGCCUAUAUCUAUAAUCAGCCCCGACAGGUCUGGCUCAAGUACAAUGACAUCUCUGUUACCGAAUCUUCCUGGGAAGAACUUGAAAGAGAUUCCUAUGGAGGCUUGAGAAAUGUUAGUGCUUACUGUCUAAUGUACAUUAACGACAAGCUACCCCACUUCAAUGCAGGGGCAGCCCCAAAUGAAUCAGAUCAGAUGUUGGGAGAAUUGGAAGCCUUAUCUGUUGAACUUAAGCACUACAUUCAGGAAGAUAACUGGAGAUUUGAACAGGAAAUCGAGGAGUGGGAAGAAGAGCAGUCUUGUAAGAUCCCUCAAAUGGAAUCCUCUACCACCUCGACACCACAGGAUCUGUCGACGUCACCAGAGCCCUCGGCAGCCCCCGCGCACGGGGCGCGCUGCCUGUCCUCCGAGCACGCUGUGAUCGUGAAGGAGCAGACGGCCCAGGCCAUCGCCAACACCGCCCGCGCCUACGAGAGGAGCGGCGUCGAGGCGGCCUUGAGUGAGCAUAAGGAAGCUGAACCCAAGAAGCCCCUGCCCCCGGGAACAGACCCUGCAGAGCAGUCAGAACAGCCCCCAAAGGCUCUCGAUGCAGAUUGUGCUGCCCCGCCUCGUUCUGAGGUCUCUGAAGUCGAGAUUCCCAGUGUGGGAAGGAUCCUGGUUAGGUCUGACGCAGAUGGCUAUGAUGAGGAGGUGAUGCUGAGCCCUGCCAUGCAAGGGGUCAUCCUGGCCAUAGCUAAAGCCCGUCAGACCUUUGACCGAGAUGGGUCUGAAGCAGGGCUUAUUAAGGCGUUCCACGAGGAGUACUCCCGGCUCUUCCAGCUGGCCAGGGAGGCCCCCAGCCCGCGCAGCGACCCGCGGCUGCAGCACGUGCUCGUCUACUUCUUCCAGAACGGAGCGCCCAAGCGCGUGCUGGAGCGCACCCUUCUGGAGCAGUUUGCAGAUAGAAACCUCAGCUACGACGAAAGGUCCAUCAGCAUCAUGAAGGUGGCCCAGGCGAGGCUGAAGGAGAUCGGUCCCGACGACAUGAACAUGGAGGAGUACAAGAAGUGGCAUGAAGAUUAUAGUUUGUUUCGAAAGGUGUCCGUGUAUCUCCUGACAGGCUUGGAACUCUAUCAGAAAGGAAAGUACCAAGAGGCCCUCUCCUACCUGGUGUACGCCUACCAGAGCAACGCCACUCUGCUGACCAAGGGGCCCCGCCGCGGGGUGGAGGAGUCGGUGAUCGCUUUGUACCGAAGAAAGUGCCUUUUGGAGCUGAAUGCCAAAGCAGCUUCUCUCUUUGAAACCAAUGAUGACCACUCUGUGACAGAGGGCAUCAACGUGAUGAAUGAGCUGAUCAUUCCCUGCAUCCACCUCAUCAUCAACAACGACAUCUCCAAGGACGACCUGGACGCCAUUGAGGUCAUGCGGAAACACUGGUGCUCGUACCUGGGCCAGGAUAUUGCAGAAAAUCUGCAGCUGUGCUUAGGGGAGUUUCUGCCCAGGCUUCUAGAUCCUUCUGCAGAAAUCAUUGUCUUGAAGGAGCCUCCAACUAUUCGACCCAAUUCUCCCUAUGACCUUUGCAGCCGAUUUGCAGCCGUCAUGGAGUCGAUUCAAGGGGUUGCGCCGGUGGCGGUGAGCUAAGUAAGCUGUCGCGUGUUCAGGCCCGUCCUGGUCUGCGGUUGCCUGCCUGUUGAACAGGGGGCUGUUAUCACGGUGUGGACCUUGGGAAAGGAACUAGGUGGAAAAGGAAGAUUCAGAUCCAGACCCCACCCAUGCUGUGUGUGUUACAAAGGAUUGAAAAUAAAAUUGCACUUUUUACGAACAGAAUCACUAAACAGUUUCCCUGAAAGAGGCAGGAGCCGGUGCAGCAGGGACUGGACUGUGCAGGAGACCGGAAGUGCCUCGCACUGGCGAGAGCGCUCGGGCUCCUCGAGCCUUGGCCGCUUUCUGAGUUACUUUCGGGCACCAGCGUCUGGCAGCAGAGGAGAAGGGCGAGUCGUGGAACCUGGAGCAGACGAACAGCUCUGGUCAUUACAGAUGACAUCUGAGAAUUCCUAACUGCCAGAGAUGAGACAUACAAAGCUUGCCUAGCUCUCGGCAGGAGAUGACAAGUCGGGGUGCUGAUAAACCACCUUCCUUUUCCGUGUGGCGAGAACACAAAGUCAUUUGGCCAUAAGAUGCUGAGAAGUCAGAAGUGGCCUCUCCUUUCUUUCUUCUCUCUCUCUUAUUUUAUAUUUUUAAAUAAACCGGAAAACCUCAUGCUCAGUCCUCAGUGAAAGAAAGGACAGCAUUACGGACUAUAGGCAGAGUAACGUUGUGAAACUUGACUAACGAAGUGGGUUGUGUGGUUGUCGAUUUUGGUUUUUAAAUGGGAAAGGGAGUGGAUGCAUACUCUUGGGUGUCCCACAGUAGUGCAGUUGACCCUGUUCUUUUUGGUGGGGGAGCCUUUAUUUUAUUUUUUUAUUUAAGUAUAGUUGGUAUACAAUAUGUUAGUUUCAGGUGUACACUAUAGUGAUUCAACUUACAUAUCUACGAAGUGAUCACCACACUCGGUCUAGUAGUCAUCUGUCACCAUGCAACUUAGCACAAUAUCCUUAGCUUGUGUCCUUCGACCUUCCCCAUCCCUCCCCCUACCACCACGCUCCCACAGAACCACAGCACCAGACCCAUAGAAACAGAUCCAGCGGACGGUGAAAGGUUCUGAUAGUCGUCAACCAGCCAGGCAGUUUCCAGGGUCUGAAAUGGUCAGAAAUGUCUCUGGCUGCUGCCGGCCCAAAGAACAUGAUGCUCUCUCCCUGUUCGCUUUGAAAAAAUAAGGGGUGUGGGUUUGUAAAAAGAAAAACCAACUUAUAUGUAUGUAUAUGUAGAGAGAAAUGUCCCCUGUUGACCAUUUUUUAAAGUUCCAGUUUGGGUAUUGUGGUUUAACCAAAUUUUCACAUUAAUGAGGGCCUUGUGGGAGGGAAGGACGCUUGAUACAUACAACUAUGCAGAUUUUAUAAAUGUGCAAUAAAAGUAUUUGUUUUCCCUUUGGCGUGCAGUUACUGAAACAUGUUU